AUGGCAACGCCCGACUUGCACGUGACGCCCGCGCCGAGUGUGGAGCAGGAGACGGACGAGACGCCCGACCAGGAGUCGCCGUUGACGCCAUGGAUGCCCACCCCGGAGGUCGCCACCGAUGCGUCCACGGACGGUGACGUUGCGUCCACGCCCGCACCGACGAUGGCAACGCCCGACUUGCACGUGACGCCCGCGCCGAGUGUGGAGCAGGAGACGGACGAGACGCCCGACCAGGAGUCGCCGUUGACGCCAUUGGAUGCCCACCCCGGAGGUCGCCACCGAUGCGUCCACGGACGGUGA